AACGCAGAACAACUGCGCCUCGAAGUGCCUCACCCGGCGGUGAAUAAAAUUGCACACCGCGCUCAUGCAAUCUUGCUUCACCAUCCUCACGCGUCAACAAACACCUUCUGCCAUCGCUUGCAGCCAAAGAGCAAUGUAUUCAGAUUAUCGAUAUGGCCGAACUCGAUCCGACGGAUCUCUACAUGAGAUCUCGCGGUGAUGACUGGGUCUAUCUCUGCGAUGAUACUCAUCCGACGAGCUAUUCCGGCUGCGUGGACGACGCUUCAGCUAUAAGUGAACAGGAGAUCGCGGAGUUCGUUCGAUAUUCCAACCCGGAAUUGUUCACGAAACUGGAAGGAGUUCGACUUGCCAGCUCACAUCUGCGUUCGGAUGAUGAAGAGACGGACGCUGCCGCGGCCGAGCACGACCGAGCUGUCGUGGCAGAUUCACAAUAUCAGAAAUCCUUGUCUCAGCACGAUAUGACCAAAGCGGCUUCGACUGAAGAGUCCCACUCGGCAGUGAAGGAGGCCAAUUUACCACCGUGCACGACUUCUGAGGAGGUGGAAGAGUUAGAUUGCACGGAACGAUUUGUUGUGCUUGAUGAGCGUUACGUCUUCACCUUGAAGUACCAUACUGACACAAACGCCACCUACCAUUGCUCGUACUCUACCUGCCAACAUACCAUGAGCAUCAUUCCUCUCGGGGACAUCUAUGGAGUUUACCAGGCCUCGGGCGGAAACAGUGCGUUACAUCCUGAUGAUCCGGAAACUGUAUUGUUCUGCCAGAAUUGCAUACAAGAGCUCCUGCUGCUGGCAGAAGAAGGACAGGCGCAUGAGAUGCCUCCUCAGUUUGUGGAUGGUUCGUGCGAUAGACAGUCAAUCCUCAACGCGGCUGAAAAGAUCCAUCCAUGUUUGACGCCUAAGCAGUCAUUCUUUACAUACCUUCCAGAGGCUCCGACCCUGGAGCCAGGAGAAGGUUCGAAUUCUGUCAAAGGCCUUCGCCGGCGUCGACAGAAGCAAUACGAGAUCGACGGGGUGCUGCGACGACUCAAAGAAGCUCACCGCGUCAAAAUUCUGCGACAAAGGCAUAGACGGCAGAUGAAACAUUCGGAACUCAAAAUUCAGACACCGUCCGACAUCGAGCCAUACAGGGAACGAUACAAGAAGCAAGGACUUGAAUGGAGCGACCGCAAAGAUCAGGCCGAUGAGCUCAUAUUGUCGAAAAGUUCUCUUGCCCAUCACGAGGUGACUCUAAAUGUCAUUGACGAGUCUUUCAAAGACAAUGAUGCUUCCAGCUGCUAUUGUCGAGAAUCGAACGAGGUUAAUGCCAUGGUCAGAUGCAGCUCACACUCAUGCAUGUUCGGCAGGAUUCAUCUUCGAUGUUCAGGCCUCACCAAAAUGCUCGAAGUGUCUGAGAAAUAUAUGUGUCACCACUGCACAGGAGGUGAUCCUGUGGUGUUCCGACGGAGAGGGGGCCGGGUCUCAGUGAAGGUUGAAAGCGAGGAGGAUCGUCAACAAUCAGAUGCCUUGAUUUCAAAGGCCUGCGUGACCAGUCUUCAUGAGAACCACGAUUCGUCGACGAAAGGAAACGAACUCGGAGGUGUGCCCAAGGAAUUCCAAAGCUGUUCUGGAUGGGUGGCCGUCAACAACUCCAAACCACUUCCAAUACGCUAAGACGGGUCGGUCAUCAGAAAGCAACAUAUCUUGUGGUACCAAGGUGGUUAGGCAUCGUGCAAGAAAGACUUGCUAUGGACAGUGAUAACUGUAAGGCACGAGAUAUUGACGAUGAAAUUGGAGUUGUAC